UGAAUGAAUAAACAUCAAUUGUUUGCCUGCCCUGUAGGAUAUGAAAAAAAUAGGACUGGGGAAAGAAUUACCAAAGAAUUGGUAAUGGGGAAAUAAGUAAAAAGGUAGUGUGGGGCCCAGGCAAAAAAACAAAACCAAAAAAAAAAAAAAAAAAAACAGAGAAGAGGACAAAAUUGUUCCAGGGUGGGGGAGUAAACAAGACAAACUGUUAUACAAAGAAAGAGACAUAAAAGUUUAGAGGGAGGGAAAAAGGUGUGUGUGGGACAGGGAGGAGACUGAAGUGGAUAUGCAUGAUCUCAUAGAGCUUCUCCUUUACAGCUUUGCCUCCUGCUGAUUGGCUGAGAGAUCUGUCAGUCAUCCUACUUCCUCCUGGGCUUCAGACAGCAGGGAGGUGGAGGCAGGGCUAGAGGGAGUGUCCUCAGUAGUUUUCUCACUGAGGCACAGCAGACACAGCUCAACACGACAAGAAACUGAAAUACAGCCUGACUUGCAAAGCAAGCCUAACCAGGAGCUCUCUUUGGUUUAUUUCCUGUAUGUGGAAGCCAUCUUGAGAAGACAGACCUAGUGCUACAAACGCUUGUUUGCAUUUGUUAGUUUCUCUCUUGUUUGUGCCCGUUGUGCUUCCUUGAAGUUUGGACUUUUUUCUUUUCAAAGCUGCUUUGGAGCCGUGAGGGAACAGGAAGCAGGAGGGGGAGGAGGUGGAGGAACACUUAGUUUCAAAACUGAACUUUAUCUGCACUUCUCACCUGCUUCUUGCUUGGAAUGAAAGCCAUAUAGAGGACCUCUCCGUCAAAGAGAGGGCAACAAGAAAGAAGAGCCACUUCCUGGAAAGGGAUCACUUGUUUUUGAACUUUAGGAGACACGGCACACACACAGCAGGGACGUAUGGCCAAUGUCAGUCCCUUCAUGUCUCCGGGACCCAUGUCCCAAGUAUUUUUUCCCCCGGGUGGCCCAUCUCCACCUGGGUCAGUGGUGUUGCAACAGGGGACACCAGUUUCUGUCCAUGCAUCUCAAACCCCAGGAUUCCCUACAAUGGACAUGGGGGUUGUCUCGGGUCCCGGUGGGGCAUCUGGAAUGCUGCCUGGGCCUCCAGCUCCAGCUGGUGUCUCCUUCAUCAUACAGAUUGGACUGACCAGAGAGUCUGUUCUUCUACCCCAGACUGCAGACCUGGCCUACGUCAAACAAAUUGCUUGCUCAAUUGUGGAUCAGAAGUUUCCUGAAUGCGGCUUUUAUGGGAUCUAUGACAAGAUCCUCCUGUUCAAGCACGACACCAGUAGCAAUAACAUCCUGCAGCUGGUCAAGGCAGUGUCCGACAUCCAGGAGGGAGAUCUGGUGGAGGUCGUCCUAUCCGCUGCUGCCACGUUUGAAGAUUUCCAGAUUCGUCCACAUGCGUUAAAUGUGCACUCCUAUCGUGCACCUGCAUUCUGUGAUCACUGCGGCGAGAUGCUUUUCGGCCUGGUGCGUCAAGGUCUCAAAUGCGAUGGGUGUGGACUGAACUAUCACAAACGCUGUGCCUUCAGCAUCCCCAAUAACUGCAGCGGUGCGAGAAAAAGGCGUCUGUCCACCACGUCCCUGACCAGCAGUCAGUCUCUGCGUCUGUCCACAACCGAGUCCCUUAGUAGCCUCAACAGCAGCAUGACGUCUGAAGAAGCCAGCCUCAUCCGGUCACACACUCAGAUGCCCCGCACCCCCAGUGAGGCCAGACGCUUUUACACGGGACGGCCCGUUCACCUGGACAAAAUUCUUAUGACUAAAGUGAAGGUCCCGCACACAUUCGCCGUUCACUCGUACACCAGGCCCACUGUGUGUCAAUACUGCAAAAGACUGCUGAGAGGACUCUUCAGACAAGGGCUUCAGUGUAAAGACUGCAAGUUCAACUGCCACAAGCGAUGCGCAUACAAGGUCCCAAAUGACUGCUUAGGAGAGACUCUUGACAUAUUAAGUCCGAGCACAGAUGCCGAGGUGCCGAUGGAUUACAGCAGUGAGUUUUCUGACAGUGAUAAAUCUUCCCUGAUAGACGACUCAGAUGAGGCCUGCAGCAUCCCAGGAUCUUUCUCACCAGACAGCAGCCAGGACAGGUCCAGCGGAGACCAGAGUUCUAAUAUCCCUCUGAUGAGAGUAGUGCAGUCGGUCAGGCAGACCACACGACGCUCCAGCACCGCUAUCAAGGAAGGCUGGAUGGUGCACUACAGCAACAAAGACACACUGAGGAAGAGACACUACUGGCGCCUGGACUGCAAAUGCAUCAUCCUGUUUCAAAACGACACCACCAACAAAUACUACAAGGAAAUCCCUCUCUCGGAAAUCCUGGAAGUGCGGUCGGCAGGUGAUUUCUCUCUCGUCCCUGCUGGCACCAGCCCUCAUUGCUUUGAGAUUAUGACGGGAACCAUGAUCUACUUUGUUGGGGAGGACCCCAACACCUCGUCCCCGUCAUCCAGCAUAUCCGGCCUGCCCGUCUCUCCCAGCAGCGUUGUGCCUAAUAGCGGAGUUGGACGAGAAGUCGCCAAAGGAUGGGAGACGGCUAUACGCCAGGCCCUCAUGCCAGUUAUUUUCCAAGAUAAUCCUCCGGCUGAAGGCCACACACCUCACCGCCAGGCAUCAGUCAGCAUUUCUGUGUCUAACAGCCAGAUUCAAGAAAAUGUGGACAUUGGAAUGUUCUACCAGAUCUUUGCUGAUGAGGUUCUGGGCUCUGGACAAUUCGGUGUGGUUUAUGGAGGAAAACACCGGAAAAGCGGCCGGGAUGUUGCUGUGAAGGUGAUUGACAAGCUUCGCUUCCCCACCAAGCAGGAAAGUCAACUGAGGAAUGAAGUGGCCAUACUGCAGAGCCUGCGACAUUUGGGUAUAGUGAAUCUGGAGUGUAUGUUUGAGACACCGGAGAAGGUGUUUGUGGUUAUGGAGAAACUUCACGGUGACAUGCUUGAGAUGAUUCUGUCCAGUGAGAAAGGAAGACUUCCUGAGAGGCUCACCAAGUUCCUUAUAACACAGAUUUUGGCUGCUCUGAGACAUCUUCACUUCAAAAACAUUGUGCACUGUGACCUCAAACCUGAGAAUGUGCUGUUGGCAUCAGCUGAUCCUUUCCCACAGGUGAAACUUUGUGACUUUGGUUUUGCUCGCAUCAUUGGAGAAAAGUCUUUCCGUCGUUCUGUCGUUGGCACGCCGGCUUACUUGGCCCCCGAAGUACUCCUGAACCAGGGUUACAAUCGCUCUCUGGACAUGUGGUCAGUCGGAGUGAUAAUGUAUGUCAGUCUGAGCGGGACGUUCCCCUUUAAUGAGGAUGAGGACAUCAACGAUCAGAUCCACAAUGCAGCUUUCAUGUACCCGCCGAACCCCUGGAAACAGAUCUCUCCUGACGCUACCGACCUCAUCAAUAACCUGCUCCAAGUGAAGAUGAGAAAGCGCUAUAGUGUGGAUAAGAGUCUCAGUCAUGCCUAUCUGCAGGAUUACCAGACCUGGCUGGACCUGCGAGAGCUGGAGUCAAAGCUAGGGGAACGUUAUAUAACUCACGAGAGUGAUGACAGCCGCUGGCAGCAGUAUGCCCGGGACCACACGCUGCCGUACCCCCCUCACCUGGUUCCCCCGCCACCUGCAUCCGACGACGAGGAUGGCAAUGAGGAUGCCGACAUGCAGGGCCUGACAGAGCGGGUUAGCAUCCUAUGAGGAAGAAAGAAAUCAGAGGAAUGAAGAGUUACCUGCCAGAACUUAAGCAAUUUCUAAGUGUAGGAAGUGUAUUCAUGAGGCCCUCUGUGAAAACAAAACAAAACAAAACAAGACAUAGUUUGGGUUGUGUCUUUGGUGGCUGACUGCAGGCCCUCUGAACUCUGACUUUCUUCAACUAGAGGACUGUGUUUCUGAGACGCACAUAUUAAAGUGGAACUCCUUUGGAUCCCAACAAAGACCUUCACAUUGGUGAUGGCUGAUUGUAAGUGAAUAACAAAAUGAAAUUGUACAAAAUGCACAAGUUUUAAAGAAAGCCCUAAUUUAAUUAGGUUGGAUUUGGGUUCACCAAUUUUAACAAUUUCUUAAGGUGCUUUCACAUUUACCAGUGUUUAUCAUUUAUUUUUUUAUUUUAUUUUUUUUUGGAGAGGAUGAUAUCCAGUCAUUUCAGAAGGAAUCUAUGCUAGGGGAAAGAUUUAUCUUGCAAUUUAAGGGGCCUUCUACACAAGAAUGUCAAAACAGCCAAAAAACGGGAAAAUUUUUUAUAUGGUUUGCCUGUUUGUUUACAGGACAAGGUGAUUUUUCAGCAAUGAAAAUGUGUAAAAUGGAAAAAGUGGAGGUUUUUGAAAAGACAGUCAUGUCAUGUCCGUGUAAACACCUGAAAACAAAAAGUCAUUGAAACCUUCAUUACAUGCCGACGUAGUACUAUAGUUGUUUAGGUAAGCCCGUAGCCAGGGGGUUCGGGUUGUUCGAAAGACCCAGCCCUCACUGACAAAGGUCCAGAAUUUGCCCCAUACAUGACUUCAUUUGUCCUAUUUUGACUGCUGUGCAAUCAUACAUUGUAAACAUACAAUCUAAUAUAAGUGAAGUCAUCUUUCACUACUGUAUUGUUUUUACCAGGAACUUUUAUUUUAAAUCUUGAACCUUAUUCUUGAAACAAAAAAAGACCAAUGCUAUGGUGUCAAGCACCAAAAGCGACCAUUUGGCUAUUGUUGUGAACCAUGAAUUUUCAAAUGUACUUUUUUGGUAAUGAUGACCAUCUGACAAUCUAUUUCAGAUAAAAUAUUACUUAAAAUGUCACUAAAAUGCAGUAUUUAAAUCUUAUAAUUAAAUAGUAGUCUAAAUGAGGACUAUAACCACAAAAAGGUCCACAUUUUGGGAAAAAAACACUGCUUUCAGCAGGCUGGCUACGGGUAUGUUAGGUGAGUGUAGAUUAAGGCCCAAUCCUGAUUCUAUUUUUGUACCCCUACCCCUUCCCCUUGGCCCUUACAACCGAGGGUGAAGGGAAAGGGCUUUAAAAUGUACCCCUAAGAAUUGGGACAGCAUUACAGCACCUGCACACGUCAUCAUAUGUCAUCGCGAUCUUUUGUUUCAUAUGAGAUUAGUGUUUUUUAUUGGUAUUUAUCUUCAGGAAAUCACUGAAGGCAUAUAUUAUGUUAUCAUAAAGAUCUAAUGUGGCAAAAAAAAAUAUCAUAACUGUACUGUGCAUUUGCACAGAGGCCAUAUUCAUGUAAAGAUACCAAAAACAACAUUAUUAUUAAAGCAGACACAGUAAAAAGCCCAUUCCCAGCAACUAGAUAUUACUGACAGGGUAUUCGAGUGUCAUCGAGUGACAAAAUGUUGUGGAACUGCAGUACAAGAGUUAUUAUUAUGGAUUAUAGAUCGGAAAAAAUUACGAAUUUUUAAUUUUUUUAAGCAUGACGGUAAAGCAUGAACGCGGUUAUGAAUAUAUUAAAACAUGUGCUUGUUUUUUGUAAAAAAUCAUAAUACUGACAGAAAUACUAAUUUGUGGAUCUCCUUACUUUCGGUUGCAGUGAUUUUGCCGUUGUGGCUGGUGGAUUCAGAGAAAUUUUCUUAUACCUUGGUUUUGAGUGUGGUCCUAUAAAAAAAUUCGAAGAGAUAUUCACCCCUUGUCCUUAGCUUUACGCCUUCAAGCUAAAAAGAAAUCGGGACACCCCUAUCCCUUGAUGUGAACGUGCAAAAAAGGGGUAGGUGUAAAGGGAAGGGCUAAGGGGUAGAAUUGUGAUUGGGCUAAAAAGCAAGCGCAAAAAUUGAGAGACAACCAUGUGGCAGACUAUGUGGUAGUGUUGUUACUAAAAUGUUUUCUAAUGCUUGAUCAGCAAAGUGUGUAUUUACGUUACAGUAUGACGUAAAUACACACUUAUAAGUUGAGACACACACUGCAAAUUAUACAUAGAGAUGAGCACCAAGCUGCUAUCAACACGUCGUCUUCUCUACAGGUACUGCAGGUACAGCACCAAAUACUAGCCUGGCAUAUGUAAGUGUUUUUGGCCAUUUUUGUGAAUUUGUGUAAAAGCAGAUCAUUUUGAAAAUGACUUGCAGGUGGAAAACUUUUCCAUUAUUGGCUAGGUCACUGUCAUGUAAAUGCAGCCUUAGCUUGUUAUAUAACCCUUAUUUUACCAGGUAAUUUAAUUAAGAACCAGUUCUCAUUUACAAUCACAAACUGGCCAAGGGGCAACAUAAAAAGCAAAUGCGGAGCAAUAAAGACACAAUACAAUAAUUUCACAGAUGCAGAUAAUAACUUAUAAAACCAAGGAAAAACUAAAAAUAAGCACAGUGAUCUUGUUACUGGAUAAAAUUUUUAUUAGAAUCACUGUUCACCAACAAAACGGUACUCAGUUUGAAAGUGACUACAGUGUGACCUGUGCUGUACUAUUGACAAUGACAAUGUUUUACCCAUAAAUAUUUUAUGUGACCUUAACAUUGCGGAAAAAAAUACCACAUUUUUAAAAGCUGGGAUAUUUUUAACUUGGCAUAGCAUUUUAAAAGUGACAAUGUAGAGGUUGUUUUUAUGGUCUAAAGUUAUACAUCUACUAUAAUAUUGUUAGUACUGUUUUAAUCUUUUGAGCAGAUAUGGCAGAUAUUCUCUGUGAGAUGCAUUAGAAUACAGUUAAAAUGCUAUUUAAUUGAUGUUUUCAAGGCAAAGCAUAUCUCUGCAUUCCUGCAUUCCUGUUUGAUAUUUGUAUGAAUAAGAUAUGAUAUUCAGUAAUGCCACACAAGCGUUGUUUUCCUGAGUAUUAGUGACUGAGAGAUGUAUACAUUAAUAUUUGGGUGACAAGUGUACAUUCUAAACACAGUGUUGUGUUAAUUCUGUUUCGCUGAUGAAUGUAGUUUCUUUGCAUAACUUUAGUAUAGCUUAGAGCAAAUCAAGUGCGCCAAUGAUUCAAUAAUCCAUUCAUAAAGGCAGUCACAUAUUUAAAAACAAAUAAAAAUUAAUCAGCCAUUUUGAACGAAUCGAUUGAUUUCAACUCGGCCUCUUUCUAAUUAUGUAAUGCUAUAUACAUUUCUGGAGAGAGCAAAAUAGCUCUCAGGAGCUGCAAUUUAUUAUUAUUUUAUUUAUUAUUAUUAUUUUAUUUUAUUUAUUAUUGCAGAUUUAGUUUUUUUUUUUUGCAAAUCCACCAGAGGCAGAUGUGUGCGCUCUUUGUGAUCUCAAGUUUCUCUUGCGAGUGCCAUUUGUCCCUGCUGUUCUUGCAAAAAUCCACCAAAGGCCACUUUCAACUUAUUGACUAACCAACUGACAGAUGACCCUACCCUCCCUGUUCUGUAAACCCAAUCAAUAGUGUUUUAAAAAGCACCAAUUGACCUGCCCACCCACUUUCCUAAACCCAACCAAAGAUCCAGAAAAAGAAAAGCCCCCUGAUUUUUACCACAUUUUCAGAUUUUACCACAUUCUCACCUUAUUAUUUACUUGUUUAUUUUAUUUUUAGCUUUUGUUUUUGUCUUAUCUGCUUUCUGGAACCAUUCUUUACCAUACUCGAACUCCAGUGUUGAGUCAACUCUGCUCUGCAUCUCAAGUCUGCCGACGUACAUAUCGAACUAUGGGAAAAACCAAUGCAAUCUCACGCCAAUUCGUAAUUUUUUGAUUUAGUGGCUAAUUCGUAUGAAUUAGCACAAUCUAAUUCCUAUAAUUUACUACGUAUUUGCUCAUCACCCAAUGACGGUUGGGGUUAGAGGUAGGGUUGGGUGCCACGCCUCCUUUUUAAAAUCGUACAUUUUCAUAGGACUUAUUUUGUUUAGCCACAAAACGAACAAAACGUAAAAUACUUGCGUUUCCUCGUGAGAUCUGGCUGAACAAACUGGUAACAGCGGAAAACUCAUUCAUAUGGAGGUAAUCAAUGAGCUGGUAAGCACACAAAGGAACAGCAUUUUACCUGUAGCGUUUGUUUUAAAGAUAAAACGGAGCCAUACGUAGCUUUGGUUACAUAAUUUGCUCUCUCCAGAAAUGUACAUAGGGCUAUGUUUUCAGAAUGAGCCUUUGUUGAUUAAAUUAGUGAUUUAACAAUACUCGUGAUUUAGUGUCACAUAUUUUUAAAUCCAAAAUGACCUAAACCAGCUGAGAUACCAUUAUAAAAGCACACUCAACAACAACAAAAAAAUAUUAAAAGCCUCCAAAAAAUAUCAAGGUCAAUUUUUCCCAUGCUUUUAGUGCAAACUGCUAAUGAGAUAUUGCAACAUUUACUGAAUAUCUUCUGCAUUUUUUUGUUUCGAAACCAGUAGUUUCGACAGUAAUCUGUGAGAUCUGUUUGAUGUGAGGUUGAAAAACUUCCCCUAUUAGAUUCGGCUACAGUUGCUUCUGCAGUUCAUGUGAAUUCAGCCUAUUGACUAGCAGAGAAAUCUGUUUGUGUGAAAGUGAAUGUUAAGUGAGCUUUGAUUUAUCCAUUGCCUUGCUUUGGACAUUUUUUUGCCCACAAAUUCAUUAUUAAUUGACAAUUAUGACUCAUCCCAAAUUUGUUAUAUGCAAAAGACUGAUAUCAAGCUGGGAGUCUCCAUCACCUUUAGUUUCAGAUCAACUUUUUAUAUAUUACUGAGAAUACUUUUUAACAGCUUUUAACAAUACAACUGGAAAGAAACUCUCACAUAUUGGUGUUUUCCUGUAUCUUGUCAUUUGUUUUCCCUGAAGGUGCAACUGACUUCGCUUCUGAGAAAGGAUGAUUUUCUUGUUUAGAGGACUGAUAAAUGGUCUCCUAGUCCUUUUCGUCCCAUACUGUCUAAAAGGACAAAAUGAGUGCACAAAGACUACCUAGACUGUUCUCUGAUCAGCUGUUGUUAGUUCAACUGAUCUCUGCUAGUACUAGUCGCACUGGAUGUGUAAUUUUACUCCUGACCCUAGACCUGAGCAUUAGGCUGCAUGUCACUGAGAAUUAGGUUUGCUUGAAACUUAUUGCUAUGAAGGACUAUUUUGUACACAUGUAACCUUAGAAAUUAUGUAGUUUUGGAUGGGACUCUCAGAGCAUUUCCAUCAGUAUAAUAAACAUGGUGAUGAAUAACUGUU